AAUAUCUUAUUUUCAAACCCAUCUUCUUUCCUUUCGAUUCUCUGCAACUUCGAAACUCCUAUUUUCGUCUUUUUGCAAAGCCUAGAUUUCGAUGGCGCCAAAGGCAGAGAAGAAGCCCGCCGCUGAGAAGAAGCCAGCGGAGGAGAAGAAGUCUACCGUCGCCGAGAAGGCUCCAGCUGAGAAGAAGCCAAAGGCCGGAAAGAAACUCCCCAAGGAGGGCGCCGCCGCCGGCGACAAGAAGAAGAAGAGAACGAAAAAGAAUGUGGAAACUUACAAGAUCUACAUCUUCAAGGUUCUGAAGCAGGUUCACCCUGACAUCGGUAUCUCGAGUAAGGCCAUGGGAAUCAUGAACAGCUUUAUCAAUGAUAUCUUUGAGAAGCUUGCCCAGGAGGCCUCAAAGCUCGCUAGGUACAACAAGAAGCCGACGAUCACAUCUCGGGAGAUCCAGACAGCUGUGAGGCUUGUGCUCCCCGGGGAGCUGGCCAAGCACGCCGUUUCGGAAGGAACUAAGGCCGUGACCAAGUUUACCAGUUCUUAAAUUAGGGUUUAGGUUCCUUUACUUUCAGUGGAUUGUAUGUUCAUCUGGAUCUUUUCGAUCCCAAUGUAUCUUAAUCUAGAUAUUAAUAGACAACGCUUCACAACUUCAAACGGUUAUAUUAUUCCACUUCUCAAAUUAGGGUUUUCCUUGUAAUUGGUAUUUUAUUUCUUGUUUAAAGUUAACGGAGAUGGUAAUUAAAUGAUGUCGAAUCAAGAAAAUAGUAUUCAAUUU